AUGAGUCCAACGUUCACGAUCGCUCACCGCGACUUGGUGUCCGAUCUCCUGCAGCAACUACUCGAAGGCAAUUCAGAUACCCAUCUCAUUGUCUGUGCAACCAGAGACGAGUUCAUGGUGCAACUCGCAGCAGCCAUUCGCUCACAGCGCGCUGACCCAGACACUGCCACGGGCCAUGGCCUACUUACAAAAACCAUCGGGUUGCUUGCAAGAUCUAGCAAAAUCCGGCUGGCAUUCUGCCCGAGUUUAGAGAGUCUUAGGGCAUACCUUGCCGUUUUAGGUCCUGCUGUUGAUGUGACUAUUGAGGACGGGUCGCUUUCCAAUGACCGACAACUCCUUGCGGUUCUUGAUAUGAUAGCCUUGCAUGUUACGACUUCGGAGUUCUCGGCACAGGGACUUUCGAGAACACUUGCCUCUGUCGUUGAGGCUUCCGCCAGAGCGGGGAUGGAUCUCCAACUUUAUGAGUGCAUGGAUGCCCUGGACCCUUCAAGUGCCGUUAGGGGAAGCAAGCUAUGGGAUGCGAACGUUCCUUUACUGAACGGGUCAGUUCGAAUGCGAUCGGACCAAAGUACCUGGGGUGGACGAGGCGUCACCGUGAAACGGGUUGCCGAACGUUGGUUUGAGUUUGAAUUUGACCACCAUUGA